CAAUCCGGUAAUUCGGAGGGACCAGCAAUGGCGUCGAAGCAAGAUUACGGCAUCCCCGUUCCGUACGCCCCUCUUCCUCCGACGCCCACCACCCAAACUAUUAUCGUUCUGACCCCUUACUACCGCCAUCGCCGAUCUUCCUUCCUCCGCCACCUCCGGUGCUGCUUCCUCUUCUCCGCCGCCAUCCUCCUCCUCUCCGCCGCCGUCUUCUUUCUCUACCCCUCCGACCCCGACAUCAGACUCACCCGGAUCCAGCUCAAUCAUGUCCGUGUACUGGAUUCCCCGAAACCCGCCAUUGAUCUCUCCUUCUCCCUCACCAUCAAGGUCCGAAACCGCGACUUCUUCUCCCUCGACUACGAUUCUCUCGUCGUCUCCGUUGGGUACAGAGAUAGGGAGCUAGGGAUUGUGAAGUCGCGUGGCGGCCAUCUCCGAGCUCGUGAUAGCUCUUACAUAGACGCGACGCUUGAUUUGGAUGGUCUGGAAGUUGUCCAUGACGUGAUUCACUUGAUCGGAGAUUUGGCUAAGGGUGUUAUCCCUUUCGAUACCAUUGCUUGGGUCAAAGGAGAUUUAGGGUUCUUCUUCUUCCGGAUUCCAAUUCAGGGAAAAGUGAAGUGUGAGGUGUAUGUCAAUGUCAACGACCAGACAAUUUCCCACCAGGAUUGCCGCCCGUAGGGAGGCAGUAUUUAAUGGUUCCAUGAUCUACAGAUAUAUCAGGCAGGUUUCAAAUAAUGUUGUAAUGGACAAAUGGAUGCUACAGAAGACAUAAUGAUGUAUGUAUACAUGUAUGUGUUUGUGUAUAUGUCUGAAUUUAUGAAAACAUGUCAGGUUUGUAGAUAUUAGAGUUAAAGACAUCCGUGACUCUGGGGUUUAUUGUAGGAACAGUCACUGCAUCUUCUUCACCGUGGCAUUACAUGAUUUCAUGUUAUACUCACACAGGUAGUGUUAGAAUUUA